AAUUAGUUUUUUUUGAGUCAUAAAUGACUGAGUGGUGUUGAUUUAUAAAUUUGGCUCUCAUUGAGUGUAAUGAGUUUCUUAGAUGAAAAACCACCUAGUGAUAAAAGCAACGAUGAAGAUCUUCCAAGUUUACAAUCUAUUAUCAAGAGGCUAGAAGAAAAUGAAAUUAAAAUUCCAACCAAAGAAACUCUUACCAACUCAGAAAUACCUAUUUCUAUGCGCGAUGUCACUAAAGUAAUGUCUAAUGAUGUAGCUGAUGCUGAAAAAUUGAUUGAAGAAAACAGGCUAUUGUAUGAUGAUUUACUUUGGAGUCAAAAUCAGCUUUCUUUAAUGAAGAGCGAAAAAAGCUCUUUAAACUCAUCAAAGUUGCCUCUUUAUAAUGAUUAUAUGAGAAUGCAAUCUCCAGUUAAUUCUUCGUAUAAUAAUGAAAAUGUUAGGAUACAGUCUCCUGUUAGUUCUUUCUUGUCUGUUGAAAAUUAUAUUCUUCAAAUUAACCAGCUGAAGCAAAAAAUUGAGGAUGACCACUCAAAUUAUAAGCGAAAGUUGCAUGCAUACCAAGAGGGACAAGAGAAGCAAUCUGAGUUAAUUCAAAAACUUCAAAGCAAAGUUCAACAGUACAAAAUGCGAAACAAUGAACUAGAGAUGAUUGCAAAUGAUAAAUCAAAUGAGUUAGAAGAAUUGCGUGAUAAGCUUCAAGUUACUAUAGCUAGUGCAAAGGAGUAUGAGAAACGUCUGAUGGAAUUUGAUGAAGACCGAAGUAAUGAGAUGGAGAACUAUGCAGUGCAACUUGAAGAAGAAAAGCAACGAAAUGUUAAUCUGCAACAUGCCAAUAAUAUGUUACAUGAGCAAUUAGAACAAGCUACAUCAGCAAACAGUCACCUCUCUUUAGAAACACAAAAACUUUCAAUAGAGUUAACAAAAUCAUGUGAUGAACUGAAGCAUCGUGAUUCUGAAGAAGAAAAUUAUUUUACUGAAGAACAUAGGAAGCUGGUGAAUCUGUGGAAUUCAAUUGACAGUUUUCGAUCAGCAUUUAACAUAGUCAAAUUAGAAACUCAAAAAGACUUGCUGCAAGUAAAAGCAGAAUUUAGUAAAUCUGCAAGAACCAUACAAGCAGCCUCAAUGGAAUUAGAGAAAACGCAACGUGGAUUGUCAACAGUUAAUCAAAAUACUCUUCUUGAGGAGCAGGCUCAACGAGAAAAAGUUGAAUCGCAAUUGCGUGAAAAAAUACGAGAACUAAUAGAUUUGCAAGCUACUUUAAACAAAAUGAAAGACCAUUAUGAGAUUAGGCUAGAUGAGAUCACAAAUUCUUUAACUGAAUCCAAAGCAAGAGUAGAUGAGCAACAGAAGACUAUCGGCUUGUAUAAAAAUAAGCUAAAACAAUUGGGUAUUGAAUAUUCAGAAACAACCGAGAACUGGAAAAAUGAUAGCCAAGUUAAUAUAGAAGCAAUGCGUGAAGAAAUUGAAGUUUUGCAAAGUACAUUGUAUGAACUUGCCAACUGUAUUUUAGAAGAUGCAGAUAGUACAUCUAGUUCUCUUGAUUAUUUGCUUUCAAAAGUUGAAGCUGAAAUUGAUACUGAUAAUGAUAUCGAUCCUUCAUCAAAAGUAAAAGAUAUAGUUCAGUCUAGUUCUCCGUUGAUUCAUGUGAAGUUAAGAUCUAAAUCACCAGUGCGUGCUCGUUCACCAGCUUAUAUACAAUCACUGGUAGCUGGUUCUCAAUCAGCUAUGAAAAAGCGCCAGCUACAACUGCAAGAACAGAAAAGACAAUUAGAUAUAGCAGUUAUGGAUAAACAAAGCUUUAAAAGACAGUUUGACAUAAGUUCAUCUAAGUUGCAGCAGUUAAACACAGCAUACGAUGAAUUAAAAACUGAUCAUUUAUCAUUACAAUCAAAGUACAAUAAAAGUAAUGAAGAUUGCAAUAAAUACAGAAAUCAAUUACAAAUUAUUGAAAAGGAAAAACAGAGUUUUGAAAACAUGAAAAACCACCUGCAGAAUAAAGUUGAAGAAUAUGAACAUAAAGUUAAUCAAUUAGAAAAUCAAAUAAGUUAUUUGAAAAAUAAUCAUGAGAAUGAAAGUGAAAAAAAGGACUCCAUUAUGAAUGAAGUUUCACGUUUGAGUAAUGAAAGUCAACAACUUCAAAAGGUUAUUGCAGACUUGGAGUGCAAACAGUCAAUGUUAAAAGAAGAAUGUGUUGAUUUAAAAGAAAAGUUAAAUAGAGCUUCACUUGAAAAGGACGUUUUUCUACAAGAAAACACUCAUUUGCAAGAGUUGCUGAAAUCAGCUCAAGAUGAACGUGACGACUUAGAAAAUGAUGUUAAUAAACUUAAAAUGGAUGAAGUUCAAUUGAAAGAUGCAUUGGUCAAAUUGCAGACAUUAAAUGAAGCUCUUGGUGAGGAUAAACUUAAUCUUGGAAAGAUAGUUCUUCAAGUUGAAGCUGAAAGAGAUCAAAUUUACAAAGAAAAAGAAAAUCUUGAAUCAGAAAAGUUAGGCUUAAAAGAGGAAUUGCUUCGAAUCGAUAAAGAGAAAGCAUCACUAGAAUCAGAGCGAAAAGGAAUACUUGAAGCAAUAAACCUAAAUGAUGCUACAAUAGAAAAACUAGAGGAGCAAUUACAAGAGGCUUGUUUUUCAAAAAACAAAAUGAAUGACACUUUGAACAAUGUUGUUAGAGAAAAAGAAGUAUCUCAGUACGAGUUGGUGUCACUGCGACUUGAAGUGGAAAGAUUGCAGAACAGUCUUAACCGUCUAUUGAAAGAAAAGGAGGAACUGACCAAAGAAAACUCGCUUAUUUCAGUAAAAUUAUCUGGUAAUUUAAAAGAAAUUCAAGCACUGACAGAGUCAAAUGCUUUACUUAAGUCUGAAAAAGAAACAUUAGAGUCAUAUCUUUAUGAGUUGCAGCACCUUGUAGGAAAACUUGAAGUACGUAAAGAGCAACUUGAAACAAGCAAUCAUGAAGUCCAUCUGGCAAAAGAUACUAUAGCUGUUGAGUUAGCUCACCUAAAAAAAGAAAAUGAAAUACAAACAGCAAAGUUAAAUAAAGAAAAUGAGCUUUUGCAGCAGAAAUUAUCUUUGCUUGAGCGUGAGCGAGACCUCUCAUUAAGUCGGCUGAAAGAACAGCAUGAAGACCAGAUCCACCAACUUGCAAUGGACAAAGACAAAAUGUUAACAGCAAAAAAAGAGGAACAUUUGAUUGUCAUAAAUGAGCUUAAAGAAGAGAUGGAAGAUUAUCAAAUUAAAGCUGAGCGUGAUCGUUUAGCUUUGAUAAAUGAAGUUGCAAGCAUUCAAAGGGAAAGAGAUGAUCUACUUUUGCAAGCUGAAGCAGAAAAACAAGCACACUUAAGAGCAGCAGAUAGUGAAAAAUCACUUCUUGUUGAAAAAAUAACAAAGCUUAAAGACGAUUUGGAUUCAGCGAAUGAAGAAUUAGAGAUCUUGAAAAGAGAUCUUGAAGAAAGAGCAGCAAGAGAAAAGGAUUUACUCAAUGAUAGUGCACACGAGAUAGAAAAAUGCAAAGAAAAUCUAGAAGAAACUGUGAAUCUUUACGAAGCUAAGUUAAAAGAUCUUGUUGACAGUCAUGAUAAGCUUCUCAAAAAUAAAGAAGAGUUAUAUGGAGAGUUGUCCAAUGCAAAGUUUCAGCUUAAGAUUUUAAAUGAAAAUCACGAAGCAGCACAAAAGGAGUGUAAAGAAUUGACAAACAAGGUAAUUGAUUUAAAUGGAAAAUUAGACGAUGCAAGCAAACACACAUUAGAGUUGAAGAGGUCUCUUAAAGAUGCUGAGGUAGAGAAAAUGCUAGUACUUUCAGGUGCUGAAGAGUUACGAGAAGCUUUUAAGCAAGUAGAAAGUGAGAAAAUGACAUACAAAAAAAAUUAUGAAGAUAGCAAAAAAUUAGCUUCUAUUUUGGAUGAUACAAAUGUUAUGCAGACCAGAGAAACAGAUGAUUUGCGUCAUAUGAUCAGUGAACUUGAGACGGCAAGACAAGAAACAAGAAAAGAAGUUCAACAAUUGCAGAACCGGGUGCGUCUGUUAGAUACUGAAUGUGUAAAAUGUAAGAAAGACUUAAAUAUUGCAAAAGAUCAACUUAAUAAAACAAAUUCUCUUCUUGAAGAAGAACGGCUUGAUUUGAUAAACACAAAAAAUAAGCUUAGAGAAUGUGAAACAUCUAAAGAUGCCAUUAAAGCAGAGAUGCAGGCACUAGCCACAAAGGCUAGAGAGCAUAAUGAUGAAUUUGGACUUAGAGAGAAAGAUCUACUUAUGGCUUUAGAAGAUGCUCGUCAAACAGAAGUAAAAGUGUAUGACAAAAUGAGACAACUGGAAAAUCUUUUAGAUGUAUCAAAUCAAGAAAAAAGUGAUUUGAAGUUAAAGUUAUCAAGUGUUGAAGGUCGUAAUUUGGGAUUAGAAGACCAGUUAACAAAACUUGAAGCUCUUAAAAACGAUUUAGACUCAAAAUUAUCAAAUGUAUACUCAGCUCUUAGAAGGACACUGGGUAUUAAGCCAAAUCAAUCAAUAAACAGUACACCUUCGCCCCAGCCAAAUGUCACUCCGAAACGUCGCGCACCUUACGCUCGGAAUAGAGUGUAUUUACAAAGCUCACACGAUCAAAGCAGUGAAUUCGAUGAGACACCACCCAGUAAAAAUGUCAGCUUUGAUACUUCGAAUGAAAUGGAUCCCGAGUAUGUUCGUAACUCUUUACGUGAGUUUGCACAAAAAUUUAAAGAUUUAGAGCAUGAGCGCGAUGAAGCUUUGAUAAAUAUUGGCGGACUUCAGCGUCAACUAGAAAAUCUUGAAAUGGAUCGACUUGAUUAUGAAAAUCGUCUAAGCGUUUUACAGAAAAGUCUUCAAGAUACGGCGGAAGAUAAACGGGGUGCUGACGGACGUUUAAGUAGUGCUCAAACAGCUUUACUUCUUCAAGAAGAAACCAUCCGAAGACUUGAACGAGAACGGAAAACGGCAGAAGAAAAAUUUCAAAUAUUGGAAUCCACCGUUGCUCAACUGGAAACUGAAAAACGCACUCUUAAAGAAAAAUAUAUGAAAGCUCAUAAGCAUAAACUAAAAUACGAGCAAGAAGCUGAAGCAAUGCGUUCACAAAUUGAUGGCGCUGAGUCGCGCAUCACGCGAACAGAUUUAAAGAAAAAAUCUCUUGAAGGAGAUAUUGAUCGUCUUCGGAGUCAGUUACACGAUGCUGAAAAUGAAAAGCAUGCUACAAAACAAAGAUUAGAAAUUCUUCAACGAACUUGUAAAGACCUUGAGCUAAAAUCUUCGUCUCUUCAAUUAACCGUUGAUCGCUUAAAUAUGUCAUUAUCGAAAAGCACUGAUCAAGAGCAUCUUCUUCAAUCUAAAGUUACAGAACUUUCUGCCAUCAUUAGCGAAAAACAAUCUGUUGUUGUUUCACUGCAGGAUAAGUUGCAACAGACAGAACGCAUCAUUGUAUCAAACGAGCAAGAAAAACAAGCCGCAUUCGAGAAAGUCGAAAACUUAAAAAAACAAUUACUUGAAAACAAAAAGUUAAACGACUUGCAGAACGAUAAAAUUUUGAAUUUACGGAAUGAAAUAGCCAAUUUAGAGAGUACGCGUAUUAAUCUUGAAAGUGAACUUCGGCAAGUUCAGACAUUGCUACAGAAGAAUAAAGUAGGAGACGAGGAGCUACUCAAUAAAUUAGAAAAAUUCAAGGAAGAAAAAAAAAACUUGCAAGAGCGUCUUGCUCAACAACAAAGACUUCUUGCUCAAGGAGAACAAGAGAAACGUGAUAUUGAAAAAAACAGUGUUAAAGUUGAAAAAGAAAAGCGUGCUUUGAAGGCAACUGUUGAGCAGCUGGAAAAAGAGAAAUUUCUUAUUGACGAGGAGUUGAUUCAAUUGAAGAAUGAUCAAACUGAAUCGGAUAAGAUCCGUUCGAAUUACGAACAAACUAUAAACUCUCUGCGUAUACAACUAUCGCAGCUGCAAGAAACUCUGGAAGAAAAGGAAUUACAACAUAAUAAAAAAUUAGCGUCGAUGUCUGCGCGUCAUCGAGAUGAUCUAAUGAAAGAAAUAGAGAGAAUGAAGUCUUCCCAGCAGAGUUUAGAUCGAACGUAUGAUGCGCGUGAACGUGCGCAUAAACAGCGUAUACGAGGUUUGGAAGACCAAAUAAAUACUUUAAAAGAUCAAUUCGCAAAGGAGAUUCAGCAAAAACAAUCUUUCAUUAACCGCACAACUCAGAAGAAUGAGGAAAUCCAAGAAAUUCGUCAAAAGAUAAAUUCUUCGAUAAACGAAGUUGCACGUAACGCCGAUCCGCGCAUUUUAGAUCGUGAAUCUCAAAAGUUAGACACAACUUACGACAACUAUAACGAUUUUUCUGCUGUGCUGACUGCAUCCACUCCUUAUUCAAACAGAAUGAAAGUCUCUCCAUUUAUAAUAGAUAAGUACAGUAGUAUGACGCCGACAACUGAUCCUGGACUAAUGAGUUCUCGAAUCGAUCUUCCCAUUACAACAGAAGCUCGUAACCUUAGCAACACAACUUUUGUUUCUCCUAUUCGAAAAAAUCUUGGAAAAAAAUAAUGACAAUAAUAUGUUAUAAAUCUUUAAACCCACGUAUUGUUUUUUUAUUGUAAGGGCUAGAGCUUUAUUUUUUUUUAUUCUAUGUAAAUACUUUUCGAUGAAAUAUUAUGGUAGAUAGGGAAAUGUAUAUAUAACUAAAUAUAUUAUAAAACUGCAGCCAAUAAAUUUUAUUAUAAAAAUGUACCAUUAAUAGACGAUUUUAAUAUACUAUGUGAUGAAUAACUUUUCUA